AUGCCUUCCGACCAAGCACUUGCAAACGAAACACUGUUCGAGUGGAUGAUGCUAGGACGUAGCCUCCAGAUUCUGGGCCUGAGCCUGCUUGGACAUUACGACGGGGCUGCAGCAUCUGAACUCCUGGUGCGGGAUGAGGCUUCCUUACUGGCGCCCUUCAUGCAAGUCGAAGGACACUUAGAGCCAGGAUCUUUUGAUUACGCUCAGGCCCAUCAUAUAGUCGCCCUCGCGCGCGGCCUCCUCGAGGAGCUGGGCGGCGAACAGGAUCGGUUUCAGCGCCGCUUCGACCUGCAAUACUCCGCCCGAGAGAAUCAUGUGAUAUACGGUGCUAUCGUCGACAUUGAGGGGACCGGUUCAAUGGAGGAGACUGACCCGGAGCAAAUGCAUAAAGCAAUGUCUCGGUCGAAGCUGAUCAGAGAUCAGAAAUUGGUGUCUACAGAGGUUGUUCAACUCAUGAGCACAUGGCACUACAAGGCAUUUGAAUAUGGUGCAACGUUGAAUGAGGCUUUUCGAGAGAUCGGCUACACAUCCUGUUCUUGCUGUGAUCAAUACGAGAGCGAAAGAGAUGAGACCAGAACGUAUGGGACCAUGGGUAGCCUCCCGCUUAACUAG